AAAAGAAGCCCCCCCCCCAUUGUUGGCCCUGGAAAAAUUAUUAAGCUUUGUCGGGGAGGACUGCAGAGGAGGAAUCUCGGCCGUUCAUUUCAAGCAACUAUAGCCGUCCGUUCCAAAUCAAUUAAUUUAACUUCCCUAUCAUUCUCGAAGCCAGUUCUCUUUUCUUCUUCUUCUUCUUCUUCUUCUUCUCGGCUCGUAAGGACGCCAAAAGGCUAUACAAUUCUCUUCGGUGGACUGCAUCGGCAGGUGCUGGACGGGAUCUGCUUCUAUAUUUGAUGCCGGCAACCUAGGAGGGUUUAGUGGAAUGGAGAAACAAUUUGCAGGUGGAGCCAUGAAGGAGUCCGCUGGGGUUUACAUUGUUAUUUACAGAUGGUGGAGAGUCUGGGAAGAAUCAGUCUCUGAAGACAAGAGAACUGCCCCAAGCAAAGAUUCUACUCUGUACCGUUUGAAGCUCUGUGAGGAAACUUCAAGCAUGCCAAACAACUUAAUAAGCAUUGACGAUUCAGAUCUAUCUUUUGAUCUAAUUGCUGAGCAAUCAUCACCUGUACCUGAACUCCAGGAAACGGUACUAGAUGGUCGUUGCUAUGUUUUGCUUCCGGAGGAUGUUUGGAGGCGGAUCCAUCAAUGGUACAGUGAACAGGCAUCUACAAAUAAUGGGAGCAUAUUAGCUUCUUCUUCCCAUAAGGAUAUGAUGAGAGAUGUGUAUACUUUACGGCUUCAACUGAAUGCUUCUUCAGAAGGAAGUCAAAUAACUGUUAGAAUAAGCAAAAAGGCUAAUGAAGGGGAAUAUUAUAAUAGAGCAUGCGAACUUUUCAAUGUCGGUUCUGAACAAGUUCAUAUUUGGGAUUUCUUUGGGCAGACAAAAUUUGCAUUGAUCAAUAACCAGAAUAAAACCAUCCAGGGCAGUGAAAAUCAGUUGGAUCAAGAUACACUUUUGGAGCUACAAGUGGAUGGGAUUUUGCCUCACAGCACUAUUAGCAAUACACGCCCUUUGUACUCUAAUGGUUCAGUGGGAAAUCAUCUAGCCAUAGUCCCGGUAGAAUCUUCAAGGCAGGAACCAUCUCUUGCAGGGGGUUCAGUUCUAACCAAAAGUAUUUCAAGAAGUUCCAGCCCAGAGUUAUCCAUUUCUCACUCUUUGAGUUCACAAUACGGGAGCUUGGACGGAAUUGGUAGCAGUGGCAGUAGAGCUGGACCAGUAGGUUUGAUAGGGUUGAAUAAUCUUGGGAACACUUGUUUCAUGAACAGUGCUCUUCAGUGCUUAGUGCACACCCCGAGAUUGGUUGAUUACUUUCUGGGCAAUUAUACGAAGGAAAUCAAUCGACAAAAUCCAUUGGGCAUGGAAGGAGAGCUUGCUAAUGCAUUUGGGGAGCUGUUAAGAAAAUUAUGGGCACCGGGAAGAACACCAGUAUCACCUAGAUUAUUCAAAUCAAAGCUUGCUCGUUUUGCACCUCAGUUUAGUGGCUACAAUCAGCAUGAUUCACAAGAGUUGCUAGCAUUUCUCUUAGAUGGGCUUCAUGAAGAUUUAAAUCGUGUGAAACACAAGCCUUACAUUGAGUCAAAAGAUGCAGAUGGGAGACCAGAUGAAGAAGUAGCUGAAGAACACUGGGGAAAUCAUCUAGCACGCAAUGACUCCAUAAUUGUAGAUUUGUGUCAAGGUCAAUUCAAGUCAACAUUGGUUUGUCCAGAAUGCAGUAAAGUCUCAGUGACAUUUGAUCCCUUUAUGCACUUAUCAUUGCCUUUGCCGUCAACCACAACCAGAACAAUGACAGUAACGGUAUUUAGCACAGAAGGUGUUGCUCCACCUGCACCUUAUACUGUGACUGUGCCGAAGCAGGGAAGAUGCAAGGAUCUGGUGCAAGCUGUAAGCAAUGCCUGCUCAUUGAGAAAUCAUGAGAUUCUUAUGGUUACAGAGAUACACAGUCAUAGAGAAGUUCAUUACUUGAAGCCAUUAGAUUCACUAUCUCUGAUCAGGGAUGAUCAGCACCUAGCAGCUUACAGGCUACCAAAGGAUCAAGAGGAAGCACCCUUGAUAGAAUUUAUACACCAUCGGAAGGAAGAUGAUUAUUUCAGUAGUCAAAGUACUGGUUACUGGAAACCUUUUGGCACACCACUUAUAACAAGCCUUCUGGAUCAUGCUCGUACUGCGGCUGAUAUUCGGGCUCUUUUUCUGACCUUACUUGCUCCCAUGUCAAGAAUGAAAAGUGUGACAGAAAAGGAAAAUGGAUAUAAAACAGGGGCAAGUGAUGAUGUGCAGAUGGAAGAAUUUAGUGAUCAACCGAGUCUAAGCAAUGGAACUCUUGAUGAUGAAUUUGAAAGUCUGUUAAAUGAUGUUGGUAAUACAUUACCGAAUGGCCAUACUAGUUGUACAUCAUCCAGUGAACUUUCAUUCCGCUUUUGGCUGACAGAUGAGAAGGGUAUAAAGAAAGAGGUUUCUCUUGAAGCAAAUGAGCCAAUUUCAUUGGGAAAAACUUCUAGGCGACUGCAAAUCUUAGUAAAUUGGUCUGAGCAAAUGCUGGAGAAAUAUGAUACACACCAGCUUGACAUGUUACCUGAAGUUUUCAAGUUUGGGUUUUCCACAAAGAGAGUGAGUCAGGAUUCAAUCUCUUUGUGUGCAUGCUUGGAGGCUUUCUUAAAUGAGGAGCCAUUAGGACCAGAUGACAUGUGGUACUGUCCUCGAUGCAAGGAACAUCGUCAGGCUAGUAAAAAGUUGGAUUUGUGGAGAUUGCCCGAAAUUCUGGUUGUUCAUCUGAAAAGGUUUUCAUAUAGUCGGUUUUUGAAAAACAAACUGGAUACAUUUGUGAACUUCCCCAUUCAUGAUCUUGAUUUGACAAGAUAUGUUUAUCACAAGAGUGGGUCUCAAUCAAAUAUUUACGAGUUGUAUGCAGUCAGUAAUCAUUAUGGAAGUAUGGGAGGCGGUCAUUACACAGCUUAUGCCAAGCUCAUAGAAGAGAAUAGGUGGUAUAAUUUCGAUGACAGCCAUGUUUCUUCUGUUAGUGAAGAUAGGAUAAAGUCAUCAGCUGCUUACGUGCUUUUCUACAGAAGAGUCAAACCUGAAGACGCCAUAGCAAAUAAUGGAGGCAUCUUAUAGGCAUCAGGCAAGUCAUGUACUAUGGAGUGAGCAUUAUUGACAAGAACUUAAAUACUGGUCUGAAGAUGCUGGGUUUACCAUCUAUGGCUGUCAUGGCUGAUAAUGUCAAACUGGGGUUCUUGGUUGUCAAAGAUGCAUGUUUUUUUGGUUUGACAUCAUGUCAUGAAGCAGACUGGAAUUUGGUCAAGAUGCCCCAACUGUUGUGUCAGCAUGUGCACAAAUCGUUGGUUUACAGUUCAGUUAUAUCAGUGGGAAAAUGCAAGCAGAAAAUAUCUUCCAAUAUACUGGUAGUUUCAUGCAUGCGUAAAGCCUCUUUGAUGAGUGAGGUCCACAUUCAAGAGAAAGGAGCUAGAUUUUUCAAUAUUAUGCAGUCCAUGGGAGUUAUUUUUGUCUACACUCCAACGAUAUAGGUCCUAUGAUCCACAUUCAGUAGUUUAUGUUUUAAUUGCCACAAUCCAUAAUGAGGUUUAUAUUGCGGUGUCAUGUGCACGGGAAGAGGCAAGGGAGCUGCUUUUUAUAUGGUUCUUACAAUUAAAUCAUUUAUUUUUCUUGAGAUUGUAGUAGUUCAUGGAUCUUUCUAUCACUUGACUGCCAUCUUUCAGAAUUCUAUAAUUAUCCUUACUAAGAUGCAUUAUGGAAUUUUGAAUUGAAUGUCUGGCAUUUUUGUACUACAAAACAAAACUAUAAGCUAGUAGAAUGCCCUAUUAUCUGCUAUUUUGCAUUGUCUGCAAUUUUUCGGUACAGGAAUCUUGCAAUCAGGAAACCCCAUAAGUGUAUGCUGGAGAUGACAAUACUAAAAACUUUUUUGUGUGGUCUUUAAUAACGAAUUACAAUAUAUUCUUUUUUUUGUGUGUUAAA